AAAUGAUUCUCUCGCAUUACAAAAUUCUGUAGAAAGCAAAGACAUAAACAACUGGAUUGUUUAAUCUCACGAUUAUUUUCGUUUUUCGGCCACCUGUAAUAGAUAAAAAAUGUUAUGACAUGACCCAAAAUAUGGCGCAUUGAAAACAAGGCGUGAACGUGAACAAGGCGUGGUUUCACAGGUAAUAUGGAGAAGACGCCAAUUUCAUGUGACAUAAACUGCAAUCCGCAUUUCCACCAUUUCCCUAGGAUUUCCAGUCCAUUGUGGAUAUAGAUCUGGACUGCUAGUAACACCAUGACAGCUAUUAGUUUUCAAAUCUAUAGGGAGGAAGAUGGCGAAUAUGUGUACCUCUCUCCAUACCUGAUGGACGUUAAAAUCUUUCGUAUUGACAUCUUUGGCAUUUGACAGUGACAACAAAAACCUAACCUAUUUUAAAUUUGAAAUUUAAAAUUCAGUCAUUCAGUAGUUGUGUAGUAUACUAAUAAUCUGUGAAAUGUAAUUUCCUUCAAUUUAAAUUCCGAAAUUCCACAGGAUUCUGUUACUAUUGUUACAAAAGAAAAUAAGAUCAGAUAAAGAGAUAUUACAAAAUGGAAGGUGAAAUGUUGAAAACUCGUGAUAUUGCACCAGGAGAUCUACUGUUUAAAGAAAAACCCUUUGUGUAUGUACUGUCUUCUCGGUUUAGGACUGAAAGAUGCGACAACUGUUUGAAAAAGAAUGACCUGUUAAAAUGUUCAGGCUGCCACUACACAUUUUACUGCAAUAAAUCAUGCCAAAAAGAUGGAUGGGCAAUACAUAAGCUGGAAUGCAAAUAUUUGAAAAGUAUAGGUCCUAGAAUUUUGCCUGAUGCGGCUAGAAUGCUCGCUAGAAUUUUGAAAAUUUUGGAGAAAGGUGGUGGCACUAGAAAAACCUACUAUGACCAAGAUCAUUGCAGAACUUUUAAAGACUUAAUGUCUCAUUAUGAUAGAAUAAAAGAAGACCAACUCAGGGUAGAACAUGUAACAUGUUUAUAUGGUGUUUUAUUUGAAUAUUUUAAUGGAGAAAAUGUUCCAUCUUCUGCAGAACUUAUGGAAAUAUAUGGAAAAAUGUGUAUAAACUCUUUCAAUAUCUGCUCGCAGGAACUGCAAAGUGUUGGUACUGGAAUAUAUUUAGGAGCCUCUAUAUUAGAUCAUUCUUGCAAGCCAAAUGUAGUGGCUACAUUUGAAAGUACUGAGAUAGUUUUGAGAGCACUUGAGAAAAUUCCUGUUUUGGAUUGGUCUAAGAUGUUCAUAAGUUACAUAGAUGUGAUGGCUCUCAAGAAGGAAAGACAGUCAGAACUGGAGUCUGCAUACUAUUUUCUCUGCCAAUGUCCCAGUUGUGUGGAACCAGAGCCUAUAGUCGAAAUGAUGGGCAUGGCAUGUCCAAAUAAACAAUGUAAAAACUGUAUUGAUUCUACCUGCAUCAAACCUGGUCAGAAAUGUUCCAAAUGCAAAACAGAGAUCAAGGAAGAAUUUAUCAGGGAAUUCAAUGAUAUCAUGGACAUGACAAAUAUGCAUUUGGAUAAUAUGAAGGGAUCCACAUCAUAUUUGGAUGUGUGUAAAGUUUGCUUGAAGAACCAUGAAGGACUACUGUAUAAAUAUAACAUCAGACACGUGAAAAUCUUAGAUUUGGCAUUUGACAGCUGCAUAGAUUUUGGAAAGUUUGAUGAUGCUACCCAAUAUGGACUCAAAUUAGUAAAUAGUUUCCACAAAUAUUAUGGAAAAAAACAUCCACUGACUGGGCUGCUACAUCUGAAACUGGGAAAACUGCUAAUGUACCAAGAUCGCGUUAAAGAAGCAGUGAAACAUUUACAAGAAGCAAAAUCUAUCCUACAAGUGACGCAUGGUAUCACCAGUUCUUUGUUUAGAGAACAAUUUAUACCAUUGUACAAAGAAGCUCUGGAUACCUACGAACGUAUCAUCUCUGGUUGAAUCUGAUGGUUUUGUUGAAAGAGAUAUGUCAUGAAAACUUUUCAAGUAGCUCAAACCUAGCAAUUGUAUGAAUUCAGAGUCUAUCGUAUAUUUAGGACCAAAAUCUGGCAACAUUGCUUACCUAAGUGGACAUUUGGAAGAUAAAGUCGCGAAAGACUAGUAAGAUAUCGAGAUAGUGUUGCCUUUUUUAUAACAUACCAAUGUUAUGUUGUCUCCUAUGAAACAUUCACUGACAGCCUAGGGUCUUUUAGGUGUUUAAAUGAAACUAUAAAUUGUGUUAAAUCAUCUAUUUUACACAUUCUUGCAUUCUGUGAUCAAGAUAAGAUGCAUUAAAUGUUCAUAAGAAAAUAAACUAUUUUACAAAAAGAAACUACCUAUCUUACAAAUAACAUCUCAAAGGCAGCCAUAACUAAACUAAAUACUUGGUAACAACUGAAAGUGAUUCUCAUAAAUUGUGAUACAUUACAUACUGUACAUAUAUUUGUCUAUGACAUAAUUAUGAAUAUGUUCUAUACAAUAUGUAUACUUUUUAUAUAAUAAACUAAAUAAGCGACA